AUGGCCGUGCCACCGCUGCUCCGCGGGGCGCUGCUGCUGUGGCAGCUGCUGACGACGGGCGGCGCGGCGCUGGAGAUCGGCCGCUUCGAUCCGGAGCGCGGCCGUGGUCCUGCCCCGUGCCAAGCGGUGGAGAUCCCCAUGUGCCGGGGCAUCGGCUACAACUUGACCCGUAUGCCCAACCUACUGGGCCACACGUCGCAGGGCGAGGCGGCUGCGCAGCUGGCCGAGUUCGCGCCUCUCGUGCAGUACGGCUGCCACAGCCACCUGCGCUUCUUCCUCUGCUCGCUCUACGCCCCUAUGUGCACCGACCAGGUCUCCACUCCCAUCCCCGCCUGCCGGCCCAUGUGCGAGCAGGCUCGCCUGCGCUGCGCCCCCAUCAUGGAGCAAUUCAAUUUCGGCUGGCCGGACUCGCUCGAUUGCGCCCGGCUCCCCACGCGCAACGACCCGCACGCGCUCUGCAUGGAGGCACCGGAGAACGCCACCGCAGGCCCCACAGAACCCCACAAGGGCCUGGGCAUGUUACCUGUGGCACCUCGGCCCGCGAGGCCACCGGGAGAUUUAGCCCCAGGUCCCGGCAGUGGUGGCACCUGUGACAACCCCGAGAAGUUCCAGUACGUGGAGAAGAGUCGCUCAUGCGCUCCGCGCUGCGGGCCAGGCGUCGAGGUGUUCUGGUCUCGGCGCGACAAGGACUUCGCGCUCGUCUGGAUGGCUGUGUGGUCUGCGUUGUGUUUCUUCUCCACAGCCUUCACCGUCUUCACCUUUCUGCUGGAGCCUCACCGAUUCCAGUACCCCGAGCGUCCCAUUAUCUUCCUUUCCAUGUGCUACAACGUCUACUCUUUGGCCUUCCUGAUCCGAGCGGUAGCAGGUGCACAGAGUGUGGCCUGCGACCAGGAGGCAGGGGCUCUGUAUGUGAUCCAGGAGGGUCUGGAAAACACAGGAUGCACCCUGGUCUUCCUAUUGCUCUAUUACUUUGGUAUGGCCAGCUCACUUUGGUGGGUGGUUUUGACUCUCACCUGGUUCCUGGCUGCAGGCAAAAAAUGGGGCCACGAGGCCAUUGAGGCCCAUGGCAGCUACUUCCACAUGGCAGCUUGGGGCCUGCCAGCUCUCAAGACCAUCGUGGUCCUGACGCUGCGCAAGGUGGCUGGGGAUGAGCUGACGGGGCUCUGCUAUGUAGCCAGCAUGGACCCGGCAGCCCUCACCGGCUUUGUGUUGGUACCCCUCUCUUGCUACCUGGUACUUGGCACCAGUUUCCUCCUGACUGGUUUUGUGGCUCUCUUCCAUAUACGCAAAAUUAUGAAGACGGGUGGCACCAACACGGAGAAGCUGGAGAAGCUGAUGGUCAAGAUCGGAGUUUUCUCUAUCCUAUACACAGUGCCGGCCACCUGCGUCAUCGUCUGCUACGUUUAUGAGCGCCUCAACAUGGACUACUGGCGCCUUCGGGCCACCGAGCAACCAUGCACUGCUGCCACUGUGCCCGGAGGCCGAAGAGAUUGCUCGCUGCCAGGGGGCUCGGUGCCCACUGUGGCUGUCUUCAUGCUCAAAAUCUUCAUGUCCUUGGUGGUGGGCAUCACCAGUGGAGUUUGGGUAUGGAGUUCCAAGACUUUCCAGACAUGGCAGAGCCUGUGUUACCGAAAAAUGGCAGCUGGCCGAGUCCGAGCCAAGGCCUGCCGGGCCCCAGGGGGCUAUGGCCGUGGUACUCACUGCCACUACAAGGCCCCCACGGUGGUCUUGCACAUGACUAAGACAGAUCCGUCCCUGGAGAACCCCACACACCUCUAGGGACAUGGGCUUGGCUAUGGGCUAUGGUUGCUCCUUCCUCGCCCUCCCCUCCCCCCCUUCAGAGACAGCUGAGUAACACCUGCCCAGCUGUCAAGGUCAGGCGAGUGAGAUACAGGGGGCUAAGGACUAGCUAGGGUGGGGACCCAGUAAG